UUGGUAAUUCAUUUUUGAAUGUUUCUUUGUCGAUAAACUUGAUGAGCAAGGAAUACAUAUUAUCUGAUGGUUCUCGUAUAUCUUAUGAAGAAUAUUUGGGUUGUUCUUCUGAAGACGAUAAACCACCAGUGUUUUGUUGGCCAAGUAGUUUUAUCUUGUCCAAAUAUAUUGAAAUGCAUCCAGAGUUGAUACAAAACAAGUGUGUAUUAGAGUUGGGUGCUGGUAUUGGUCUUCCAGGUUUGGUUAGUGCUGUUUUGGGUGCCCAUAAAGUAUACUUUGCAGAUAAGCGAGAAAAUAAGAUGGCACAACUUUUGUUGGAAAGAAAUAUAGAGAGAAAUGGAUUACAAUCGAUAGGUCAGUGGUAUCCAAUCAAUUGGGGUGAUUGCUAUCCUUUUGAAAUGGACCAUCCCAUCGAUAAACUAGAUAUUGUGAUUGGUUCAGACUUGUUCUAUGAACCCAAGCACUUGGAAUCCCUUGUUAUGACUAUUGCUUCACUUGUUCGAUAUCAUUCGGGACUUGGAUUAUAUACAGUUUAUCAAGAACGAAGUUGUAAACGUUCUGUGGGUAAGUUGUGAAAAGGGCAUUGUGUUUUAUCAUA